AUGGUUAGACAUCCCAAAAAGUUAUUGGAACGCUUGUUUGCCAACGAGCCUAAUAACCUUAUCUUUUCACCGCCGACGUCCCAUUUCACAUCUGCCAAGAACACGUGCGUUGAUGUCAAAGAAAUGUCUGCCGAUGACAUAUACAGAGACUUGAAGAUUGGAGGACAAAUGUUAUAUUUACAGCUGCCUGACGAUGUCAAAAUCAUUGUAGAUAAACUAAGGAAAGUACAAGAGGACAAGAGAUCAGAAAUAUUCGAUCAAAGACUGUCUAAUGGAGAAUAUCAGUCACCUUUUAUGGCAUUAGAAUCAGCGUUGAUGUCUAUUCUCACUCUGGUGCCAACCAUCCUCUUGUCGAAUUCGCAUGAGAAUUCACGCGAGAAUACUGUGUUCGAUUACGAAAACUCCUCACGAAGAAACUCUUAUGGUCGCGUAUCUCCAUUUAGCCAUUCACAAAUCAACCUGGGACAAAAUUCCGGGAUGGCUGCUGUUAAGAGAUAUUCUAUUUCGAGUUUUCGCACAUCGCAUGGAUUGCAAUGCAGUGGUGAUGACGAUGACAAUGCAUCCAUUCGAUCUGUGGCUUCAGUGCAAUCGACAAUCGCUGAAAACGUGAUAUCCUCUUCGUUAGCAAAGAUAUUGGGUGCAUCCUCAUUGCUGACGUCAGUUAUUAGUACUGUUAUAUCAAUGCAUAACGAGGACUUGGUCAGAGUAAUAACCGAUAUAGCAGGAUUCGACCAAUACUAUCGUUUAACCGAACAAGUAUCUGCAGAAGCAGAAGCCAUCCGGAAUCAGAUUAGGGCCGUAAAAGAUAACGUCAUGCAUGCGAGGGCUGAAGAUACACGUGGACAGGGUAUUUACAGUGCCUUAGUGGUACACUCGAAUAGACUCGUCGAUUCGUUGAGUGUGCUCGCCGAAUUUGUGGAAGGAUUGGCUCCAUUGAUGUAUGAAGUCAAGACGAAGGUUGCCCGAACGUUCUCAUCACUCAAACGAACUGCGGUAUUAACCCAUGUCCUCAUGCCAGAUAUGAACGGUGACAGUAUCCCUACACAUUGUUACACUGGCUACAAUUAUGAUUGCGAUCGACGGCGGACUAAAAGCAUAGCAUCCGUGGCAUCGACUGCAUCGACUGCGUCGACUGCGUCAGUCGCCUCUGUAUAUACACUUCCCACACCAUUACACAAACCACGCAAAAUUUCUUUCAGUGACACGUCCCGCCUUCAUCGCCACAUCAUUCCCCCACGCAUUCACAUUCCCCCGAACCAACCCGGUUUGGCAUCCCGCCAUUCCGUACACCCGUACACUGAAACAAGUGAAAGUGAUAGUCCCUCAACGGUCUCGGCCUGGCAUAGUAUUCCGAGUACUCCAGCAACGCCAAAUACGCCGCGGUCGUCGAGAUUUAAAGAACACUUUGAUGCAUUACCGGCAUUGAUUACACCAUCUUUAGUCGGACGACGUCGCCGAAUGUCAGAGACGGCAGACGUAGGACAUCCAAAAUCUCUAUAUUUGCAGGAUAAUAGAAGUGCAAAGUCCAUCAUGUCAUAUGUAGAACCAAAUCGAUCUGAUGUACAUCUUGUAAAGGAAAAGGGUUCUUUUCCUCCGCUCAAUUCUUCGAAACCCGGUUUCAAAAAUUACUUGAUGAAACGCGUAGUAAAAAAGAAGAGCGAAGAAGACAGAGCAAACAGCUACUGGCCGGUAAAUGAAAGCGGUUCGAUGCCGAGUUUGCCGACAGGAAGGAAAAUGCCCAGUGGCUUUUAUGCAUCACAGAAAAUGCAGAGGAUAUGUAGCGAUGGAGAUUUAAGAUUGCUGCGGAGGCAAUGGGGAGGAGAGAAUAACAGCAGCGGAGAAUCGGUCGGAGGACAUUUGAGCGGGUUUACCGGAGAUUCUGAAGAUUCAGGGGGUCUUAGGGAACAUUUAUUUCAUAGGAUUGUGAAGAAGAAAAGUUCUCAGACAAGUUUAUCGGCAGCAUUAAAAAACCAUGAAAUGCCUAAAUCGAUGCAAUACUUGUCUUACGCUCAUGACAACCUGUCAGAACGAGAUGCAGUAGAGUAUAAACGCGUGUACGAAGAAAAGCUUACAGAAGCGACAAGGAGAAAACUCUUUAUCGUAGACGAUGAGCCUGAACAAGCCAUUGACUCGAGGCGGCAUAUUCAGGCUGAGACAAUUGAGAACCUCUUAGAACAUCUAAUCUAUGUGGAUGAUCCGGACCCUGAGUUUGUCGACUGUUUUGUCUUAUGCCACGCCUUUUUUAUGGGUUCACACACAUUUUUAGAAUUUCUAAUUGUACGCUAUUCUUCCCAUGAUGAAUAUGCACACGUGGGAAUUUCUCAGGAAACAGUACAAUCCAACAUCCUGAAAGUUCUUUACAGGUGGACAUUACUACAACAUGAGAACUUCAUAGACGAAAAUCUUCACUCGACUUUGGACACGUUUGUUGAAUCGCUGGUGAAUAACAACGUGCUAAAUGGAAUUAGACAUAACCUACAACAAGCGCAAGUGGCGCUCACACGGCGACCGUCGAUACCAAAUCUGCAGUCAUCGAUGAUAUCUGUUGUAGACAGACUAUAUCUAUCAGAGACGUCACCGUUGCUCGACUUUGAGUCUAGGGUUAUUGCGAAAUAUCUGACCCUGAUAGAUUUUGCUGCAUUCAAGAAUAUUACCUUGUACGAGUAUAUUACGGGAUGGUGGCGGAAGCGAAAAGGGUUCAAUUCUGGGGAAGAAGAACAAGUUGAAAGUGGAAUUGAUGUCUUUACGAGGCGAGCUAACAUGAUGAGUCACUGGGUGGCCUACGAAAUAUGCAGUCUAAAGACAAUUAAAGCACGAAGGACUUUACUCCAUAAAUUCAUUGAAGCAGCACGGCAUUGUCGAGACUGGAAUAAUUUUCAUACAUCAAUGUGCAUAGUACUCGCUCUCAACUCCCGCCCCGUGCGCCGUCUGGAAAAGACUUGGCUCGCCCUGUCUAAUAAGGACUUGUUGACGUUACAAAACAUUGAAAAGUUGAUGGAUGUUUCUGGAAAUAUGAGGAAUUAUCGUAAAGCCUUAGCGCAUGUUCGAGCACCAGCGGUUCCAUUCUUCGACUUGACCGUAAUCAUGGAAGGCAACCCCACGUUCACACCAGCAGCAACUGAUAUGUCCAAUUCGUCGACUCAGCAAUUAGUAAACUUUGAAAAGUUUCGCUUGCUCACUCGUAAUGUUCUUAAUAUGAAGGCGUUUACCUCAGAAGCUUAUUCAUUUUCCCGUCAGCUCUCCCAACUGCCCUCAAUUGUUCCAACUUAUGAAUUAUCAGUCUCGGAAGAGGGUAGAAAGGGAGCUUUGGACCACGUUGGGGAGAUAAUAGAGAAGAGAAUAUUAGUGGCUGCAGGAGAUAUGUUUGACGGAAGUGUUGCGAGUAUCGCGAAGAGUGAUGGUGCCGAGUUGGAGGCAGAGUUGAUGACGUUAUCACUGAAGGCCGAACCAAAUGUGUGCGAUUAA